AUGUCGAGCGUAUUCCUUAUUCUAUUAGUUUUAUCUAUCAGUUUAAUUGUGGCAGAAGACGAAUGCUACACGAAUUCUGAUUGUAAAAGCAACUUUAGGGAAUUUCCUGUGGUUUGCUGCAAAGGAAAUUCUCGGCCGAGCGAAAGAACAUGUCGCCCUUACAAUUGCAUCGGUCAGUAUUGCAUUACAGAUGGCGAUUGUGGCGGGAUAGGUGAAUGUUGUAAAGAUAACAGAUGCUUGAACUACACUUCUUGUCAGAGCUGUAACUCAAACUCCUUCUGCGCUACAUCCGAGUACUGUUGUAAGAGAGGAGGAACCAUCAAUGUCUGUCGGAGAAGUUGUAUCGCUGAGAGAUGUUGGAACGAUGCGGACUGCGGUGGACCUGCAGAAUAUUGUUGUAAAGGGGUAAGGAUAUGCCGGAAAAGUUGUAUCGGAGAACCAUGCAAAGACGAUAACCAAUGUGGACAUUCUGGUGUGCAUUGUAGCUCUGAUCGUAAAUGUAUAAAACCCGAGGUCGAUACCUCGUCUACAACUUUGAAAACUCUGAAUAUUGUGAUUGGAAUUAUGUUGCCAAUGGUGUCUGUAUUUCCUUAUAUCGCCGUAUAA